UCGAACUUGAAAGACUUUUGACUUUUAACCGAAACCAAAAGGUGUGCUCUGUUUCGUUCGACUGUUGAACAAUUUCUCUGUAUUCGAUUACAAAUCUGUCAAUCACUAUAACCUAACUAAUUUCUCUCCAAUUCCUCAAAUAUUAUAUGAAAGGGUAGAAAAUAAAUAUGGACGGCCUCUCGAAUGCUUUUUCUUGUCUGGAACUCGAUGUUGAUGAUAAUAGGGAAGAGACAACCAGUUCUGCUAAUAAUACAGAGAAAAAGAAUGUGGCCAUGGAAGAUGAAGAUUACAGGCAGCCUCUUGUGUGGAUCGACUUGGAAAUGACAGGAUUGAAUACUGAAGUAGAUAGAAUACUGGAGAUAGCUUGCAUAAUCACAGAUGGGAAGUUGACCAAAUCCGUAGAGGGUCCUGACUUGGUCAUACAUCAGACAAAAGCGUGUCUUGAUGAGAUGGGAGAAUGGUGUCAAAAACAUCAUGCAGAAAGUGGUUUGACCGAAAAGGUGAUCCAAAGUACAAUAAGUGAAAAAGAAGCUGAACAGCAGGUCAUGGAAUUUGUCAAGGCACAUGUGGGCACAUAUACUCCUCUACUUGCUGGAAAUUCAAUUUAUGUUGAUUUUAUGUUCUUGAAGAAGUACAUGCCUGAUUUGGCUAGUCUAUUCCAUCAUGUAGUUGUUGAUGUCAGCAGCGUGAAGGCCUUAUGCAUGCGCUGGUACCCAAAAGAAAACAAGAAAGCUCCACGGAAGGAAAAGAGGCACAGAGCCUUGGAAGACAUCAAAGAAAGCAUAGCAGAGCUCAAAUACUUCAAGGAAAAGGUGUUCAAAUCAACAAAGUCUGGGAGGUAACAUCAAAUGCAAGAAGCCUUGUUGGCUUUUGAAGUUUGAAAAAUGAAAAGAUAUCAAGGAUAUCAAGAAGGUCCGAUCAUUAUUUUUUGAUGAUUCAGGCUUCUAUUAAGUAGCUACACUUUCAUAGAAAUACAAUGAUCAGUUACUGUUAUCUUUGAAUUGAAAAUUAGCAAUGAAUUUUUCAUCUUGUGAAAA